CUCCAGGAAACCAGGGCGCGCGGUGGCAGCUGCAGACAGCCACGGUCCAGCUGAGAGUACAGUUCAGUGGAGAGCAGUGGCCCAGUGACCAAUCGACCUCCCCACAGCUGUCUGCAGGGAAAAGAAAGGCCUGGGCCCUUGAAUUCACCUGGCAGCCUGUGCGGAGCAUCGGAGAACUGGAGGGUGAUGUGACUCUACAGGAGGCACAGAGAGGACAUGGAUGGGAGGCCUGGAGAGAACAUGGUUGGCGUCUCCAGAAUACCCUCUGAGGACACAGGCAGGAUGGCUGGUGCUGAGAGUUGCCACCUGUGACCUGGACCUCCAGCUGCAGCUCAGUCUCAAAGAUGAAGUGGCCCAGGUGAAACAAGGCCAGGCGCCAUGGCCAGCUCAGGGACAGAGGCGCACUGGGCUGAGCCAGUCCUGGGGCAAGGGUCCCACAGACGACGGCGCUGGGCUUGGGCCGAGGAACAGGAUGCGGAUGGAAGCGGUGACCAGGGCUGGGGACACAAAGCCACCAGCCUGGAGCUCCUGGAGGACUUCCAGCAGGCACAGGAGCAACCACCACCCCGGGAGUGGCACCCAGACACGCGGGACUCUGAAGAGCCUUCUGGAGAAGAGACCGAAGCUGAUGAUGUGAGCAUCCCGGAAGGUUCCACCGUGCCUCUGCCCUGGCUCUCCACACACAAUCAACAGUUGGACCUGUCUGAAGAGGAGCUGGAUGAGUUCCCUGGGAGCCCUGGGGUAGAGUUAUCUGGAGAGAGGUUCACAGAGCUGGAAUGUGAAGACCAAGAAGAUUCCAGCCCUGCAGCUCCAAAACAGGGACCAGCCAGAGAUUGGGUGGCCACUAUCAGGCAAGGCAGUUCAUACAGACCCUUAGAGCAUCCUGAAGCCCAUCCAUCUGUUGAACACAGCCAUACAAAGUCUUGGAGCAGUGGGACCACAAGCCACAAUCAGGGUAGUGACAGCCUUGAUUCUAUCUGGGAAGGAGAUACUGAUGUCCUCCAGCCUGUCACCUUGGCUAAAGCCCUGCCACAGAGUCCACACCACAAUCUCCCACAGACAGAUGACAGAAAUGGAGGUGACGUUGCUCCGGCAACACCCACAGAAUUCCAGGACUCCUUAGCAGCACCAGCCCAGAAUUCUCAGUGCUCUGCAGGCACAUGGGGGCAAGAAACCACCAGCCUGCCCAGCUCUCGGCCUGAGGACCAAGGCUGGAAAAGAACUAAGACAUCACCUAAGCCACUGCCCUCACGGUUUACUGGCUCUAUCAGCCCCAUAAGCACUCGGCUUAGAGCAGUAAAGCAAGUGUCACAGCACAAUCAGGGAGCCAAUCUGGCUGGCCACUCUUCAGAUGCCCCCAAGUAUGGCCGGGGGCGCCUGAACUACCCACUCCCUGACUUCUCCAAGGUAGAGCCCAGGGUGAGGUUUCCCAAAGAUGAGAAAUACCGACCCCCCAAGUCCAGAGGCCACAAUAAGCAACAAGGCCCCACCAAACCCCUAAUCUUCAAGUCGCCAGCUGAGAUUGUUCGGGAUGUACUGCUGAGUAACAGUGAGACAUGUCUAGCCGAGGACCCUUCUGCCCACUCCAUCGCCAGAGUGCCCCAGGAGUUCCAGACACCCGAACAAGCCACUGAGCUGGUUCAUCAGCUCCAGGAGGACUACCACAAACUCCUUACCAAGUAUGCGGAGGCUGAGAACACUAUCGACCAGCUUCGCCUUGGGGCCAAGGUGCACCUGUAUUCAGACUCGCCCCAGCCCAUUCAGAGCAUCCACUCUGCGUCAAUGCCACAAGGAAGCAAGGUCUUGUCCUUCUCUAUCCCGCAACCCAGAUCCGCAGAGUGGUGGCCUGGCCCUGCACAGGACUCACAGGCCUCUGAGGUCAGAGGGUGGUCGUCCCCACGAGCAGACCUGAGUCCCUCCUCGUCCCCCAGCAUGGCUACUCCAGGGCGGCUUCCUCAGAGCCAGGGCAUUGCCACGGAUCAGCCCUCCGCGAGACAGACCCAGGCACUGACCUCUCAGGCCAGCCGGCUCCUGGCCAAGGUGGAGUCCUUCAAGGAACUGGUACUGGCUGGACACCUCCCACCGCAGGACCAAAUCAAGAGACCCUGGCAGUCUAUCGGAAAGGGCCCAGUUAAAGGCACAGGGGAAGAAAAGCAGAAAUCUAGCCUAGAGGAGCAGAUGCAAGAGGACCCCAAGAAAUGUCACACACGUAGUUUAGAGCAACUGAGGGCUGCCCAUGUGGCUCUGGAGGCAGAGUACCUGCAGGCCUGCAGCAAACAGCACCUGAACCCACAGCCUGAUGCCUCCAAGGGGAGUCCCAGGACCCUCCACCUCUGCAGGGAGCUAGAGGCAGAGAUCUACCACCUGGGGCAAUGCCUGGAAGAGCUGCAGGACCACAUGGGUCAGACCCAUAGAGAUCCAGAACCAUGCAGGACAGACCUGCAGGAUGGCACCCCAGACAUGCCCUUUCUGCCCGCUCAUCUGUCCAUGCCUUCAGGACCGGUCUCUUCACCAGCUGUCCAAACCUACCAGGAGCCUGAUGCCACCACCACUUCCCCUGGAAGAUCUUUCAUUCUCCCCAUGAGCAAAGAGGUGGGCCUGGGGAGCAUCAGGAUAGAGGAAAUCGGGAGAGAUCUCCUGGACCCACUCGGGGACAAGGAGCUUCAGGUGGAGCAGGACUUCCAUGGCCUUCUGGAGCGAUACCUCAGCACCAAGUCUCUCCCUGAAGACCUGAGGGUGGAAGAUGAAGAGGACCUUGGGGAGGAGGAGGAGCGGGAUCAUCAUGGCACCUUGGAAGUUGAUGGUCCAGCCUCAGCUCUGGGGAAAACAGAUGCCGUGAGGGUACCACCAGGACAGUGCUCAGCUCAGGCUAAGAAAAGCCACAGGGCUGCUCUCCAGGAAGAUGAGGAAUGGGUGGUUUCCAUGAAGCCACCAAGCUUCCGGACAUCCACGACCAGAGAGAGGUACACAGCAGGCCUGAAUACAGCUGAAGUGGCUCAACGGGGCACCAGGCCCAUGGCUUCACAUCAGAGCAGUCUGACUAGCCUGGAAGAGAGUGGGCCCUCAGGGCUCCUUCCUCGCAAAGCUCUGCUUCAGGCUGGCAGGUCCCAUGCUGAGGAGCCCUGGAUGCUCUCACCAGAGAUAGACAGUGGCUUCGUGGGCUCCGAAACCAGCAUAGUGUCACCCUUCACCCAGACCCCCGAGCACCGGCUUUCCCAUGUCAGCACUCUAGGGACAUCAGCUCAGCACAUCACUGCUUCUGUGCCGGGUGAUGGAACUUCCCAUGCCAAGGCCAGGGUCUCUGUGGUUCCCUGUGGUUCCAGAAGAGCUGCUGAGGCUGCCACACCCAGAUGCCGAACCCAGCGGCAUCCAUCCAGCCCAAACAGCUCUCUCCAGCAAGGAGCACAGACCUCCCACCUGGAGCAGGCACCAGUGGCUAAGAUGGUGGUUACCAGGUCUGAGCUCAAGAGACAGAAGCAGAUUUCCAAACAUCUUCCUAGUGGAACAACCAGCCCAGCCCCUGCCCCAGUCCCCACAGCUGCCUCCAUGCCCCAUGGAUCAGCAGAGAGCACUGCCAACCUCCUCCUCAACAGGACAGAGCGCGACCAGGCCAUCAAGGAUCUACAGGCAGAGGUAUCACGGCUCCGCCUAAGACUCGAGGACAGCCUGCACCGGCCACACCCAAGAAGCCCAACUCCUGUAGUUUCUGCUUUCAACCCCUCCAUCCAGACCCAGAAAAAGCUGGAGGAUUCCUCACCCUCCUGGGGCUCCCGCUAUAGCAGUAAAUCCAUAGAGAGGCUGUGUGUGGAGCCGAACGGUGUCGAACCAACUGGGCCAACAGGAAGACGGCCAGCCAGGUCCUCCUCGGUGCCUCGGGAUGCUCCCAGACUGUUGAUAAGUUCCGAAUCUGAAUCGCUUUCCCCUUGGCUGCCAUCUGAUAAGAACAGGACCUUUGAGGAGCAUCCCCAGGUGGCACAGGAGGGGGUGAAUCGAAGGGGAAGAGUCUCCUUCCGGGGUCAGUACACAGGCCAGGAGUACCACAUUCUGUCCCCCAGGGCCAUCCUGAAGGACAGUGGCACAGCCUCCUGUCCCCGCUGCCAGCCCGCUAGGACCCAGGACCCAGACAGUCCUGUCUCUAGAGAGCCGCUGGGAGCCGCUGCUGCUGACACCCUCCGCUGUCCUCUGUGUGGCGAAGUCAAGUCCACUGCAGAGGCAGAUGGCCCCAGCCCAGGCCCCUCUGAGAAGAACACCCCAAGGAAAGCCACAACCUCCUCCCCCAGCCCCAAGCGGAAGAACCGGCAGAUGAACUCGCCAGUUCGAGUGCCUCCUGGACUCUGGUACCUGGCUGCUGCACCCCCAGCCAUGGCCUACGUCUCCCUGGCUCCCGUCUUGCCUUACCCCCCACCCACUGUGUACUAUGCAACCCUAGCACCUACCUCAGCCCGGAAAGCCUCCCGGCAGCCUGCCCGGCGAUCUCGGGGAACCCAGCACUCUGCCCAUCUGGGCCUGAAUGAUCAGGAGGAGCUGCAGGCCGCAAUCAGUGAGGCAGCACGGGCCGCUGAGAACGUGCACCUCACUGCCCAACAGCUGAGCCACUCCCUGUCUGCCGACCUGCGCCAUGUUGGUGGCCUAAGACGGUCCUGCCUCUUCUGAUCCUGUGGAGAUUCCGAGACUGAGUAGGCAGGCAGCCACUGGCGUCCCCCAGUCAACAGUCUCCUGAAGCCACUGAUGGCUGGGAGGUGUCAUGCCCCCUCCCCAGGGGUGCCACCUGCCUGGGCCAUGAGGCAUGUUUAAAAUGGAGAGACGUUGGCUUGGUCGAGCGUCCCGGGGACCAGCUCUGCCUAACAGGUGCAGUGACCAUGGCUAACUCUGUCGAGUCAGAGCCUCUGAGACUUGCCUCGUCAUCCCCCUCCUGUCCAUGUCCUCCUGAAGCUAAUACUAUGGGUCUUACUAGACAGACUGUCCUUACACUGGGGAGCUAACUUGAGCUUGGACCCUUCUGUGAAGGCCAGAGAGGACAAGAAAAGACUGGUCUCUGCGGCAUUUCUGUCACUGCCUGUAAUAGCCACUCCGAGGCAGCAUUGUCAAGGAGAACCUAGCUAAGGGAUUUGUUCCUGGUAACCUGUGGGCAGGGCAGUACUUGGGGACCCGUAAAUGUCCUGGGAUGGAGGUGUCAGGUGACACAUGCCCAGAGCUUUUCCCCAUAAGCCUACAGAGUAGAGGCAGCUCGUGUAGGGCCAGGAACCACCCAGCAGCCUCAGACCUUCUCAUUGCUUCUUUGGAUUUUGUUAGCAUCCAGCAGAGGACCAAGCUACCUGCCAGGCCUGGCCUGAGGCUGAGAGGCGAUGUCCCACCCCCCUCCCCAUCCCAUAGCAGAGUGACCUCAGCAUUUCUGGAAUGUGUAUUUGUCACAGAUUGUUUAUAUAUUUGAGGCAUUUAAAAUAUAUUUUCGUUAUAAAAGCAAAUGAAGGAAAAUAAAUAAUGAUCUUAAGAAAGGGGAAAGAAA